AUGGCACAGAGUAUUGACUAUUGUAAGAAUGAAAUAAAAGUGAUGUUGCUUGGAGAUGAAAAGGUUGGGAAGACAUCUCUUUUGAACUUUUAUUAUAACACAAUGCAAACGCCACAACUGUUUAGUAUCACACAAAGAUUUUUAAAAGUGAAAGAGAUUUUUGAAAAUAAAGAAUACAUGUUGAACGUCUUUGAACCACAUUGUGGAGACAUUUUCGAUUUUGUGAGAAGACUGGACACGACAGAUGUGCAAGUGUUUGUGUUGUGUUAUGCUGUUGAUUCAAGAAACUCGUUUGAAAGAAUUGAAGAAAAGUGGGUUGGUGAAGUGCAUUGGUUUGUAGAGAGCAUCCCUUUCAUUUUAGUUGCAACAAAAACUGAUUUAAAAAUCUCUGAUUUUGUUAUUGAAUAUGAGAGUAGAUUAUGCGAUUUUGUAAGCACCAAAGAGGGAAUGAUGCUUGCAAAGAGGAUUGGAGCAUUCGCGUUUUAUGAAGUCUCAAGGAAUGGGUUUUUUAAUGUAUCAAAAGUAUUCAAAAAGUGUUGUGAAUUGAGUGAGUUGUAUGAUGUCCCAUACCAGGAAACAUAUAAAAAUAGUGAAUACACACUUGGUUGCUUUAAAAAGACAAAAGCUGUAAGAAAGACAAAGAAAGAAGUAAUGUAA